AUGGAUAUCGUCCUCGAGGUCUUCGACACGUUUCUCUUCGACCCGAUCUACGCCACGCUGCUGCCAGCUGCGUCGCAAUCGCUCGCGCCCAACGCCACAUAUUCGAGCUUCCGAGAGGAGCCCACGAGCUUCGUCAAGCCUCACUCGUCGUGGCAGUAUGAGCCGUCGACACACUACUUCUCCAUACAGCCGUCGCAAUAUGCCUACCAGAGCGCAUUGACCCGCGACGACUGGCGACGACAGGCGCUGACGCUGUUUCUCAUCACAUGGCUCUUCGGCGUCUUCGUCUACUUCAUCUUCGCCGGCCUGUCCUACGUCUUCGUCUUCGACAAGGCCACCUUCUCCCACCCGCGAUACCUCAAGAACCAGAUCAAGCUCGAGAUCAAGCAGGCCAACGUCGCCUUCCCGGUCAUGGCCGUCCUGACGGUGCCCUGGUUCCUCGCCGAAGUGCGCGGCUACUCGAAGCUAUACGACACAACAGAGGAGGGCCCCGGCCGCUGGUACGACUGGGCCCAGUUCCCCUUCUUCCUGCUCUUCACCGACUCGCUCAUCUACUGGAUUCACCGCGGUCUCCACCACCCGCGCGUCUACAAGUACAUCCACAAGCCUCACCACAAGUGGAUCAUGCCGUCUCCCUUCGCCUCCCACGCCUUCCACCCGCUCGACGGCUACGCACAGGGCCUGCCCUACCACAUGUUCCCGUUCCUGUUUCCCCUCUCCAAAGUCGCAUCCGUCGCCUUCUUCGUCUUCGUUAACAUCUGGACCGUCAUGAUCCACGAUGGCGAGUAUGCCCACAACUCCGCCGUCAUCAACGGCGCCGCCUGCCAUACCAUGCACCACCUUUACUUCAACUACAACUACGGCCAGUUCUUCACUCUCUGGGACCGUAUGGGUGGCAGCUACCGCAAGCCCAACGACGAGCUCUUCCAAAAGGAACUCAAGACGUGCCAGGCCGAGUGGAAGAAGCAGUCCGAGGCUGCUGACAAGAUGAUCCUCGAAGUCGAGGGUGACGAGGGCCGUGAAUACGUCGAAACUAAGAAGGUCCGCUAG